AUGGCUGUCUACAGAAAUGGCGCGACUUGGUACGACCGGUCGAUGCUGCAGAGCGACGAGACGAUCUUCGUGAUCCCGCCCAAUCAGAGCCGUCACCGCUCCUCUAAUUGGUACGACUGCUCGAUGCUGCAGGGGGACGACACCAUCUUCCUCGUCCCACGCAUCCAGAGCCGUCGAUUCGUCGCCGCCGCCGACGGUCAUGAUCGAAAUCAAUUAGGGGUUCCGAGGAGGAGGAGGAUGAUGAUCGCGGAGCACAUGAGAAGUAAAUUAGUGGUGCGUGAUCACAGUCACAGAGAUGAUGAUGAUGAUGAUGAUGAUGAUGGACUUGGAGUGUGCGUGAUUUGUCAAGACAAUUUGAAUUUGGUAGCGCAAAAUCAUAAAAUCGUGAGACUUGAUUGCGCCCACUAUUAUCACCCGCGCUGCAUCACCAAUUGGCUCAAUGUCAAGAACACCUGCCCCUUGUGUCAAGCACCUGUCGUUUAG